ACUUCAGAGGAGCUUUCGCCUCAGUGACAGGAUGUUCACGGUAUUCUUCCCGGUGAGGAUUUUGAUUCGCAAUCGCAAACAUCUGCUGUUAGCUGCUAUUCUGACGCUCGGAGUUGCGGCCGUCUACCAUGAGAUGAUUGCUGCAAAAGCAUGGAGCAGUGAUACCAGUAUGAAUCUUGAAGAUGACAACGGCAACUGGAGGAGCGCUAUAUUUUCCAGAACGGUUAGAAAGGACCAUCAACCAGACUCUGUGGAGGAUUCAGCUGUUUGGAGGUCCAGCUACACUCCACAAGACUGGAAACCAGAGUAUAAGGGACGGGCUAAUCUGCACGUCUUUGAAGACUGGUGUGGCAGUUCUACAGCUGACCUCCGCAAGAACCUGCACUACCCGCUGUAUCCUCAUUCCAGGACUACAGUGCAGAAGCUGGCCAUCUCUCCUCAGUGGACCAACUACGGACUCAGGAUAUUUGGUUAUCUACAUCCAUAUGCUGAUGGAGAGUUUGCGUUUGCUUUGAGCUCUGAUGAUAACUCUGAGUUGUGGCUCAGCACAGAUUACUGUCCCCUUAACUUGCAGUUGUUGGCAUGGGUUGGGGAGACAGGCACAGAAUGGACAGCCCCGGGUGAGUUUGAGAAGUAUGCCAGUCAGACCUCCAAACCAGUUUGGCUGUCGGCUCAGAAGAAGUACUUUUUUGAAGUUAUCCACAAGCAAAACAACAAAGGGACUGAUCAUGUGGAGGUGGCAUGGCAGCUCCUGGACCAAGGAUUUAAAUUCAAGGUUAUUGAAUCCAGUCACAUCUCCCUCUAUGUUGAUGAGUCUGCCUUGUUAGUGAGUGACGUAGCACACAUACCACAGACGGCUGCAAGCCACCAGCAAACCCCCACAAAACAGCAGACCGGUGCAGCAGACAUGCUGAGGGAAGACCCAAGAGACACUCUGUACCAAGUGCCUUUGAUACACAGCAAGUUCCUACAAGAUGUCCUGCCUGACUGCUCUUACAAACCCAGCUACACAAUCAAAAACUUUUCUCUCUAUCGUUACCAAGGACUGGAGUUUGUCCACAUGUCCUACGUCUACCCCAAUGACUACACCCGCCUUACACACAUUGAGACAGAGGACAGCUGCUUCUACCCCAAAAGCCUGCAGUACACGAAGAGGUCCCGUUUCGCUAGAUACAUGAGACUAGACCGUUCUAAUAUGCAGGACAUAGGAAACACAGGAAAAAAAGUAAAGAAUAAAGUAAAAAAAGUGGACAGAAAGCAGCUUAAAGCAAAAAAAACACCAGCAUUCCGGUCCGAGCAGCUCAAUAAACAACAUCAUAUGCAGAUGCCCCUUAAAAUGAACCUUACCCAAAUCCAGAGACUCAAAGACUCAAAGCUUCAACCCACAGAGUGGGAUUAUCCUCUGCCUGAAAACCCCCAAGUGGCCAAGCAGGGGAGGAUUGUAAUUGGAGAAAUGGAGCUCCAGCCAACAACCACCAAGAGUUUUCACAUUUCAAAGAGAGACAUUGGCCGCCCUGUAAUGAGGCUGCAUCAGAGUGACAAAUAUAAGACUAGACUCCUCAUGGAUACGGAGAUAGGGAUGAAAAUGCCACUACCAGUUGAAGAACGGAGCAUCCACAGAACGGGCAGUGAUAUCAACUGGAGCCAGACCUUCCAGAUCAGCCACCUGAACCUUCAGGCACAUCGAUCAGAUCGGAUCGACCUGGGCUGCAACAUCUCAGGCAACCUGCCUCUCCACUCCAGUGGCGCUCUACCCAUUGUCAAAGCUUUCAUGGACCAGCUAAACAAAAAGCACCACGGGGAAUUCACGUUGGUGCGCGUCGUUAACAUGGUGAAGCGCAUUGACGUGGUCAGGGGCCGCCGCUACCUUCUGGAGCUGGAGCUGAAAGAUGUGAACGGCCAGCUGCUGCGCCUGUCGCACUACAUCUUUGCUCCGAUUGGCCACAGAAGGCAACGUGGCAAGGACUUACCUUUCCAACGACAGGAACCUCAGCUGAAGCUUUGUAACCCAGUGGGCUUCAAAUGGAAUCCUGACGCCACCGUCCACUUCAUAAUACCUGUGAAAAACCAGGCUCGCUGGGUGCAGCAGCUGAUUGCAGACAUGGAGCAGCUGUUCAGAGAAACCGGAGACACCAACUUCAAUGUCAUCAUCACUGAUUACAGCAGCACAGACAUGGACGUGAGGAAGGCUCUACAGGAAUCCUCACUCCCCAGGUACCAGUAUGUGAAGCUAAGGGGAAACUUUGAGCGUGCGGCUGGUCUGCAAGCAGGUGUCAACCUUAUAAAUGAUGAUCACAGCAUCGUGUUUCUUUGUGACCUGCACAUCAACUUCCCUCCCUUCAUCAUCGACAGCAUCAGGAAACACUGUGUGAAGGGAUACAUGGCCUUUGCUCCAAUAGUCAUGAGACUGGGCUGUGGUGUUACGCGUUUAGAAGCCAAAGGUUUCUGGGAGGUCAAUGGCUUUGGCCUGCUGGGGAUCUAUAAGUCAGAUCUUGACGCAGUGGGAGGAAUGAACACUGUUGAAUUCGGAGACAGCUGGGGAGGAGAAGACUGGGAGCUAAUCGACAGGAUAAUCCAGGGAGGGCUGGAAGUGGAGAGGUUGUACUUGAGGAACUUCUUCCACCACUUUCACUCCAAACGUGGCAUGUGGACGCAAGUAUCACCCAGCCACAGUUGACCGUGUCACCUGCUCGCUGCACCAUGACCACGGACGCCAAGGUUACGAUCACAGCAACCAGGGAACUUUAAGGCCGGAACCUGAUUCCUGUUCCAUAAUCGUAAGACCUGCUGACCGACAGGAUGGGAUUGGUUACUGUCUUCAUUCACUUCACCUCUGUGACAAAAGCAACUUACUAGUGGCAGCGGUGAUGAUCGUUCAUAAGGAGAUACUACUGAUAUGCACAGAGUUUAUUUCACUGGAUGUACUGUUGACUUCUACCAGGGUACUUGGUGAUGAAUGCCAUUGACGUUGUUAAUUCACAAAUGAAGAAACGGCUGUGCACCAUGUCGCUGACGGACACCAUGGUGAUCUGCAUUUCUGGCUGUGAGGAACUGACCUGAUCCAAAGACAAAUGAAGUGACGCUCCAAGGAUUUAUUCACACAAGUGUCCGAUAUCCUAAAGAUUACGAGUCUUAACUGGAGAAAAAAAUAUUUCUAUUGUUUGUGACAAAAUAAAAUCCACUGCAGAUUGUGUAUAUGGUACACAGCCUUAUUUUUCAUGUUGUUAACUAUGGGGAAACUUGAUAUUUAUUGUAUUGUUUGUAGGAUUUUGUUUUCAUUUGAGUUUAAUGUUUUUUCUACGAGCGCACACAUGUCAGAAAAGUGUAUCUGUUGAGUGU